AUGGAACCUCAAAGAUACAACUUUUUGUCCCAUGAAUCUUUUGACUAUAUCCUAGAAAAUUUCGUUAGUCAAAGGAAAAAUAAACGUUGUUUAAUAGAUUUAGAUCGUUAUCAUAAGUGCUUGAAUGUAUUGAAAUAUCCAAAUGAUCCACAUAACCUAACUUUCAAAUACUGGUUCACUCACACUUUUAAAAUCCUUCUUAUUGAUAUGACUAAAAAAACUUCAUUUAUGCAAGCAA